AUGUGUGGCAUUCUUGCUUUGAUCCUCGCCAACACGUCGGCCACGUCGGCCGCCAUCGACCUCCAUGAAGCCCUGUAUCUUCUGCAGCACCGUGGACAAGAUGCGUGUGGGAUUGCCACAUGUGCAACAGGAGGAAGAAUAUACCAGUGCAAGGGAAAUGGCAUGGCCGCCAAGGUAUUCCAUGAGGGCGCAAGAGUCGUCGACCUGCCUGGCUUCAUGGGCCUGGGUCAUCUGAGAUAUCCCACCGCAGGCAGUAGUGCCAAUGCCGAAGCCCAGCCAUUCUACGUCAACAGCCCCUAUGGAAUCUGUCUGGCACACAACGGCAACCUGAUCAACGCUCCCGAAUUAAAACGACAUCUGGAUCUGGAGGCACAUAGACACAUCAACACCGACAGUGACAGUGAGCUCAUGCUGAACAGUUUCGCCAAUGAGCUGAACGAAACUGGUAAAGCUCGUGUGAACGACGAUGACGUCUUUGCCGCCCUGGGCAGAAUGUACGAGCGAUGUAAAGGCGGUUGGGCAUGUACUGCCAUGAUCGCAGGCUACGGUCUGAUCGGGUUUCGAGACGCCUUUGGCAUCCGUCCUCUGGUGCUGGGAUCCCGCGACUCGGCCGAUGGCCCAGGAAAGGACUACAUGAUGGCUUCAGAGUCCGUCGCACUGGCACAGUUGGGAUUCGAUGUGAUCCGUGACGUCCUGCCAGGCGAGGCCGUCAUCAUCCAGAAGGGUCAUGAACCGCACUUCCGCCAGGUUCAAGCGCGCAAGGCGUACGCUCCCGACAUCUUUGAGUACGUGUACUUUGCCCGUCCAGACUCAGUCCUGGACGGAAUCAGUGUCCACCGUAGUCGACAGCACAUGGGGGCAAGGCUGGCUGAACAGGUCAAACGCGUGCUCAGUCCGCAGGAUUUGAAGGAGAUUGAUGUGGUAAUUCCAAUUCCAGAAACCUCAGUCACUUCAGCGUCUGUCGUGGCCCAGGCACUGGACAAAGAGUACUGCCAGGGAUUUGUCAAGAAUCGAUACGUUUUCCGCACCUUCAUCAUGCCUGAACAGAAGGCCCGACAGAGGGGCGUCAGGCGGAAGCUGAAUGCCAUGGCCAUGGAGUUCAAAGAUCGCAACGUUCUGCUGGUGGAUGACAGCAUCGUGAGAGGUACAACCAGCCGGGAGAUUGUGACCAUGGCCCGAGAGGCUGGUGCCAAAAAGGUGCACUUUGCCAGUUGUGCUCCUCCAAUCGCCCAUGCCCACAUCUACGGAAUUGAUUUGGCAUCUCCUCUCGAGUUGGUUGCACACAACUACCAUGGGGCCGAGGCCGUCGCCCAGCACAUCGGAGCCGACAGUGUGGUCUACCAAACACUAGACGAUUUGAAAGCGGCCUGUCUCGACGCUGCAAAGGAGGCCAACAGCCGGGAUGCCCCCAAGGACUUCGAGGUGGGCGUGUUUUGCGGCAAAUACGUCACGCCGGUCGACGAUGAUUACUUUGAACACCUGGAGCGCGUCAGAGGACAGACUCGCAAGAUGAAAGUCAUAGACCAGGCGAGACAGGCCGUUGCCCAAGGUGUGGCAGGAGAAGACCAGAUCCGGCUGGCUACCAAUGGGGCUGUGGUCAACCACCAUGGCCAGGUGGUCCCAGCCGUCAACGGCAACUCGCGCAAACCUUCUGACCAGGGUGACGGGUCAGAUCUUGCGCAGCGGGAGUCUGGAGCUGAGCACGAGCACGAGCACGACAGCCCUGAUGUGCGAGAGCGAAUGGAUAUCAGUCUGCAUAACCUGGGGGAUUUCCCUUCGGCUUGA